AUGGCUUCGCAUUGUCGAAUCGUCAUCGCGGGCGGAGGCAUUGCCGGCCUGGCCCUGGCGCUCAUGCUGGAGCGAUUCGACAUAGACUACGUCUUACUCGAGAGCCACUCGCAGAUCGCCCCUGAUGUUGGGGCCAGCAUCGGCAUGUUUCCCAACGGGCUGCGGAUCCUCGAUCAGCUUGGCUGUGUCGAUCCAAUCAAGGAGCUGUUUGGAGGCGCGUGUCCCUACAAGACAUCGCAUACUCGUUCGGAGAACGGAGAGGUUUUGUCCACGGUCCAUGAGUUUUUCGGACAGCUGGAGGAAAGGCACGGCUAUGGACUCUACUUCUUUGACCGACAGAAGCUGCUGCAGAUACUGCAUGACAAGAUCCAGCACAAAGAACGAAUCCUAGUGCAGAAAAAGGUCGUUCAAGUCGGUCUGAUUCAGGGAGGUGUCGAAGCAAUCUGCGCGGACGGCUCGGUCUUCCCUGGCCUGCUCCUAGUCGGCGCAGAUGGAGUCCACAGCGCAGUUCGACAGUCAAUGACAGACCUAGGCCACAAGCUACAGCCAGGCUGUUUCGACCCGGCUGAGAAGGAUCGCGUGCCCUGCUACUACAGAUGCAGCUUCGGUAUAGCCCAGCACGUCCCAAACUGGGUCCCUGGCGAGCAGCACCUGGUUUUCGGCACUGGCCGGUCUCAGCUCGUCGCCUCCGGCCCCGAAGACAGAGUGUACUGGUUCAUGAUGGAGCGACUGCCCGUCCCUACAUUUGGCGACGACAUCCCCCGAUACUCUAAAGCGGACGAGGUCGACUUCGUAACUCGGAAUGCGACGGUGCCGAUUACCACCAAAGUCACGUUUGGAGACGUGUUUGAGAAGAGGCUCACAUCUACGCUGACGCCACUUCACGAAAUGGUGUACGAGAAGUGGUUCUUCAAGAGAGUCAUUACGCUUGGGGAUUCUGCUCACAAGCCGAAUCCCAUUGGCGGCCAAGGCGGAAAUGGUGCCUUGGAAUCUUGUGCGGUACUGGUUAACUGCUUGAACUCGUUGAGGGAGAGCCGUGGAGGCAGCAUCGCAGACCUCACAGACGAAGAGGUUGAGCAGGUCUUCCAACAAACACAAUCUGCCAGGCAUGAGCGCGCCAAGGAAAUUGUGGCACGCGCACACGAAAUGCAAGCGCUGUUCGCAAACGAGCGCCCGAUCGUCACCGCCCUCGUCCAAAGGGUGAUACAGCCACUGGGCGGGCCAGGACAGGUGUUCUCUAUGAUGAGUAGCAACUCCCUUCCUGCCGCAAAGAUCGAACGACUUCCCGUCCCUCACCGACCUCGCCUUAUUCCCUUUAACGAUGAACUUCCCGCAACUCCCGUGGAUGAGUCUACACACAAAUGGGUCCGCGGUGCCUUCGUCGGAAGUAUGGGGCUCACACUGAUGCUGUCAAAAGGCUCUUUCCGUCUGCCAUUCAACGACGUCGCGAGUUGGAGUGAGAGCAAUCUCAGUCUGAAAUGGUUUGGCAACAAUGCUGUCAGCGCUUUCUUCGAGGUCGUAACAUCCAUCUUGGCGAUACCGAUCGAGAGUCCAUCGGCAAGAUUGCACCUCUGGAGCUUCCUGCCACAACUCAUCUCUCCCGUUCUUAUUUACACCAUCGAAGGAUACCGACGGGGUAAUCAGGGCAGUGCCUUGAGUCUGUCCAUACUGUUCAAUGCAGGGAUGCAGCUCCAAGGGAUUGGGCGUAUUGCGCCACUUCAUGCUAUUCUGAGCGCAUUCUCAUCCGUCUGCGGACCGGCAGAUCGCGCCAUUCCCCUAGAAGUGGCACAGUCGCUUGUGCCUGCAGUCACUCUAGGGUUCAUCGUUCCCACCAUCAUGGCACUUGCACCGAACCCGAACAAGACCGCCUGGCACGCUUGGCUUGGGUUGUGGCAAUUCGCGCCGCCGCUUGUCAACAUACUCACGUACGGAAUCUCCACGGGCUUGAGGAAAUGGAAUCGAAGCCAGGACGUCAAGAAGCGCGACGGCAGGAAAGGUAGCCAUGAUCAAGAUGUGCAAACGCUGGGCUCGGUAUACACGUUUGCAUUUGCAGUGCAGGCUACCGCCCACAUUGCUACUCUGGCAUACGGCUGGCACCGCCCUGGCAUAAACCUGGCUUCGACAUUCUUCAAGUUGCCAAAUCCCUUCAAGGCCGACUGGAGACUUCCAAACUUGGCAGCGCAGUUGGCAACGUUUUUCAGGUACGACAUGGCGCUGGCUGUUGCGGCAUACGUAAGUGGGAAUCUUUGGUCAAUCUGGACACUGCAUCGGCAGGGAUACAUAAAGACCCGAGAGGCUCUCAAAGCUGCUCUGGGGGUUGUUGCCGGACAGCUCUUUGUUGGUCCCGGUGCGACGUGGGCUGGCUUGUGGUACUGGCGCGAGUGCAAGAUUGCUGGAAUCGCGCAGGUUAACGGUGAUGGAAUAGCCAGCGCAAAGGGCAAGCUUGGCUACAGCUCGCCUUAG